AUGCCACCCUCACGGGCAGAUCUUCCCCCAGAACACUUUGAAUCUCAUCCAUCCGAUGCAAAACUGCUGCGCUGCUUGCUCAGUUACUCGUACGACGUCGGACGAAAAGAUUUCAUUCAAAAAUCGAAUGUAAAACGACAUGUAGCGACAGCAGCACACCAAUCUUGCGUCAAGCGUGCUGCCGAACGUACUCGAGAAGAGCUCGUGGCACAGACUCGGACUGACCUGACAUACCAAGGUUCUGAAGCAGUAUAUCCCGCAACUGCAGUGCCUUUCCCCCAUCGAAUUCCAGUGCCUCCAAUGUUCCCUGCCGUCACCAAGCCUCUGCUGGACCAUGAAAUGUCUGAGUUCCGGUUUGUUGCCCAGGAGCCUGCCCAACGGGAUACCUCCGCCCGCGAGUUUCAACGGAUACUUGCCGACGCCUUGCAAUAUGAUAAUGGGGACCAGCCGUUAGAAGACAACGAUGAAGAAGAUUUUGAGCCAGAACUCACAGAAGAAGAUGCCGAAAUCCUCGAGUCGGAGCCGUUGUGCUUUCCGUACCCGAAUCGCACAGUACUGAUGCUGGAUGCCGUCAAUAACUUUGGUCGCUGCCGGUUUACCAAUGCCCAAAUGUCACUUGUUCUCCAUUUACUCAAGCACCUUGGCGCGCGCGAUGUACCCACGCUGAAAGGUCUGCGAAAAAUUCAAAAGCAGGUUCAUGACCAAUUUCCGGACAAACCUGUCAAGAUUACGAGCAGUCUAGGCAACAUUUUCUAUAUGAACGAUAUUCGCCAUGCAAUCGCCCGCGACUUUUCUAAUCCCCUUGUGGCACCACAUCUGCAUCUUUACCCUGAAGAGAUGCCGAGGACGGGAAUAUCUGAGCGUUGGCAGGCUGCGCGACUGUUCGAAUACACCGCUGAAGAGCUGACACCCAUGUACUCGAAUGGUCGUCGACGGUGGUGGAUUAAUGAGCUUGCUCAACUUCAAAAUGGACAGUUCGUUAUCCCAAUGACCUGA